CUCACACGAACAUGAGCAACUCCAUAUAAAAAGAGCACAUCGAGGACGCGAAGAUAUGUUGACAUGUUGACAUUGUUUGCGCGUUGAACUGCGAACCAGCUGCGACAUCUGAUACCGUCUGUCCUGAUCAAGACUUUCUCACGAGGAGAAAAUCCAAUCACUGGUCGGCGUGUUGCAUCUAACGCACAGAAAAGCAGCAACAGCAACAUGCACGAGAAGGAGAGAGGUAGCAGUGACGACGUCUCGCGCGUCGCUACUCUCCAGGCAUCUGUCCAUGCCAACGAAGACGCUCACUUGACCCUAUGGGAGUCGUUCAAAAAAUACAGGCGUGCAGUCAUGCACUGCAUUUUCAUGACCUCGGCCAUCCUCUUGUACGGCUACGACUAUGUCAUCAUCGGAACCGUUACGGCCAUGCCUAGUUUUCAGCACGACUUUGGCGAGCUACUCGGCGGCGAAUGGAUCUUCCCCUCGCUUUGGUUUGGGCUCUGGGCCUUCAUCUCCCCCGGUCUGCAGAUGGUCGGCGCCCUUCUUGGGGGGAAGUUUCAGGACCGCUUCGGCCGAAGGGCAUCUCUCGCAAUGGGUUCUCUCCUCUGUGCGGUCGGCGUGGCCGUAUGCUUCGUAUCCAACCUGCCCAACGAUAUCGACGGUCGCCGCGGGAUGUUCCUGGCCGGCAAGGGCAUCCAAGGCGGUGCGAUCGGCACAGUCAUGGUCACGGCCAUGACAUACAUGUCGGAGAUCCUACCCCCGAACCUACGCGGACCCGUCUUGGCCUUCUUCCCCAUCUUCACCCUGCUCGGCCAGCUCAUCGGCGCCCUGGUCAUCUUUGCUUCCAUGGACCGGCCCGACGGCUACGUCUUGGCCUUCGCGUCGCAGUGGCCCUUUUCGGCCCUGGCCUUGGUCGCGGCCAUCAUCAUCCCCGAGAGCCCGACCUACCUGGUGCGGCGAAACCACGAGGAACAAGCGCUCAAGGCGCAGAGGAGGCUUGGUUGCAUCGGCGGAGAUCCGGAACAGACCCUGGAACGCAUCCGGGCCGACAUCGCGCACGAGAGGCGUCUCGCCAACGCCACCUACCAAGACUCCUUCCGCAAGCCGAACCGCCGCCGCACCUUCAUCAUUAUGUUUGCCAACACCCUCCCUCAGCUCUUCGGACUAACGCUGCUUUCCAAGGGGAGCUACUUCUUGCAGGUCGUGGGGUUGAGCCCAGAUAUGAGCGUUCUUAUCCUUAUCAUCGGCGUCGUGUGCGGCUUGAUAGCGAAUAUUCUCAGCAUCCUCGCCCUGGCCAGCUUUGGACGGAGGCCGCUGAUCUUGACAACGCUGUCCAUCGCGGCCGUUCUGUGGGCGAGCACGGGCAUUGCGGGCAUAUUCCGCGGCACAGUGGCUGCUUGGUACACGGCGGCGAGCCUCGUUGCGAUAAGUGUAGUCUGCGGACUGGGCGCGUGGCCCGCAUCCCAGGUCGUGGCGGCCGAGACCUCGGCAUUGCACUUGCGCGGGAAGGCGCAGGGGAUAGGAUGGUUUACGUCCGGGGCGGGCUAUGCCGUGUUCGGGCUCGUGCUGCCGUACAUGUUCAACCCGGACCAGGGCAACCUGCGCGGCAAGACCGGCUUCGUCUUCGCUGGGCUGUGCGUCCUGGCGGCUGCGGUGUCUUUCCUUUACGUUCCGGAGAUGAAGGGACGCACAGCGGCCGAAAUUGACCGCAUGUUUGAGCAGAAGCUGUCGGCUAGGGAGUUUGCGAAGUGGAAGAACCCGAACGUCCCCGAGAACGGGGAAUAGGGGACGAUCGUUUCUGGAGCACUGGCUCAAUGGAGGUUGGCAUAUGUUAUUUGAAUAUUAUUUAAUGUUCCAGAGCUCCGCGGGGUUUCCGAGUCGCUAACGUGGAAGGGAACAAUGUGAAGGACACAGUGGGUUUUUUUACGGACUUUACCCUCACCAUAGCAUCAGAGCAAGU